GUUUAAAUGCUUAGCUUGUGAGGGGGUGUUGAGGAUCAUGCUGUGCAUCCUCUGCCUUAGUUUUGGAGACAUAUUCUGUAUGUACUUUCCAUUUAUCUAUUCUUAAAUUAAUAUGUAAUUGUUACAUAUAAUCAAUCCUUAAAUCAAUAUAAAUAAACCAUACUCGCCACACUUGAAUCACACAGUACACUGUGAGCUCCGAGCUUCGCUUUAGUCUUUCCCACGCCAGCGACCACUGUCGACUACGAAGCCGCUGUGGACGGCGCCGAAUGCUGCACCAGUAGCUCCUCGCCAUCCAUUCCCGCCUUAUUUUGCGUAUUCGAGGAACGUUUUGGUCGGGCAAUGGAGGUCGAACCCGACCUCGUUGAUUUGAAACCUGCCGAUGUCAGGAACCGGAGCGUUUCGGAUAUUUUUUCCUACCUCAAGUGCACGUUCCGGCCGAGAGACUUCGACAUGGUUGAGCAGAUCUUGGUGUCCAGAGAAGAGAAGCACAGGCGCGAGGAGGAGGAGUCUGGGGCUAGAACGAAGAAAGUCGUGAGUGAUCUUCUGGUGAAGAUCGAACUUAUAGAGGAGCAGAAUGCAGAUUUGAAGAAUAAGAUGAAGGACUUGGAGUCCGCGAAAGCGAGAGCUGAGGCUGAGGUUGAGGCUUGGAAGAAACGGUUCGUGGAAUUAGAGGGUAGGGUUUUACUCUUGGAAGAGGAUACAGCUGUGUUGAUGAGGAAGGAAAAUGGAGUAGAAAACAGGGGCUCUAUGUGCGCCAAGGUUAAAGGUCAUCAUUCUAUUGACAUAGUUCGUGUUCUGGGAGAAGAAGAAAGUAAUCCUUCUGAUUCUGAAAUGAAAUAUGGAAUGCAUGUUAAAGGGCAGUCAGUGGUUGAAGAAUUGGGUAUUAAUCAAAACACUGUUUCCCCCACAGCAGAUGGUUGGAAACCUGCUUCUGGAUGCGUUAUUGAGAUCAGUGACAGUGAUGGUGAAAUUCCAAUUAAUAAACAAAAUGCUGUUGGUCCAAUGGAUUGGGCUUCAGGAGGGUUUUUGAGUGGAAAAGAAACAACUCAGAAAUUUGAAAGUCGUGCAUGUUCAGGACAAAUAGAAGAGGUAAAUGCGAUUGGCUGCAUGGAGAAGUGCCUAUUGACUUCUGCUUUCAAAAGAAAACGAGCUUCAUGCACAAAUACUAGUGAUAAUGAUGAUAGUGAUGAUAGUUCUCCAAUUGGUGAAUGUAAAUUAAAGCCACAUCAAGAGUUGAUUAAUGGGUUCAAAGUAUCCCCCUUCAGUCACCGCACGGCACAACCCAUCUUCUCAGGCAGUAUCACUGUUGAGAAAUCUGUUGGCCAUUCUACGCAGGAUUCAUUUCCCUUGAGACUGUUCGAAGGGAAAAAUAGGGCUGAGCAGAACUCUCAGAAUCAUCUAAACAAAUUUGUUGUGGACAGUUCUGAUAGCUCUGAUAGUUCUGAUAGUGGAGAUAGUUCUGUUGACUCUCAAGAUGAGGUCAAGAGGGAUUUGGGUAUCAGUCAACUUAUAUCAAGACUCAGAAGGAUUAAAGAUAAUGAGAUGUGGGAGUCUGAAUUAGACAUGCUUUCUGCAUUUAAAAAUUGUCCUCGAUUCUGUAUGGAGGCUGUUUGUGCUCUUUAUAGACAGCAAAUCUCUGUGGGAAAAUCAGUUGUUGAUCGAGGAUUUAGCGAGCUUGAUGCCUUCAGGGUAACUUGUUUGGCCAAGUUCCUUAUUGAUGGUGAUCCACAGCACAAGAUGAAUAAAUCCAUCAGCGAGCUGCAGAAGCAUGAUCCUAAAGGUCUAAGUGACUGCAGAAGACUAGCCACCCAGUACUCCAAACAGUUAUUCGAAAUUUACAGUAAGAAAGAGGACCCUCUCUUCCCCCCUUCAGGAACCAUCUCUUCAACCAAAUUGUUUUUGUGAAUUCUAACAAUGGCAGCAGCAGCAGGAGGAUAAAUAUUUUCGAUUCGCCAUUUCUUUUUUUGAAGGCCCAUCCUUGCAGGUUUGCUUUGCAUAGAUUGUGUGCAGUCCUGUUAUUUACACUGCAAUCUUGUAUGGCUUGUUUUUGUAUUUCUAGGUCUUGCUACUCCUAUAAAACUCCUUUCUUUAUGUGGGGGAUAGGGUGAGUUAAGUUGCUUCACCUGUGUAAUUAAUUAGUUCCUCCGUGUCUUCCAUUUCUGUCACCAUCCAUGAAAUGGAUUGUGUUAGUUGAAUUUAGCCAAUAAUUAUGUAGUGUUUCGAUAGUUUGUGUAGUAUAUAACUCCCACAUCCUUCAUGAUCAAA